AUAAAUCAAAGCUUUAAAGUCCAAAACUUAAUAGAAUAUCCAUUAAACAAACGCGUCAAAAUACUUCUCAUCCAUUUUCCUUCCAGAUCGGAGAAUCCAUUUUCCCUAAUUCUCAGCAUUCUUAAGUGACUAGAAAUGGCAUUGGGUGGAGGUGGACCACAAAGAGGGACUGCAGCAGCAGCAGCUGCUAACCUACGUCGAAGGAAGACAGGAGGAGCAGGUGGAGCUGCAGGAGGAGCAGGUGGUACCAUGCUUCAAUUCUACACUGAUGAUUCCCCCGGACUCAAGAUAUCCCCCAAUGUUGUGCUUGUGAUGAGUAUUGGCUUCAUAGCCUUUGUUGCGAUCCUUCACGUCAUGGGUAAGCUCUACUUUGUCCGCAGGGAGGGCUAGUGACCGAACCGUUGCUGAGUUGGGAAAUUUUUGUUGGACAACAUCUUUCAUCGUUUAAGGAAAAACUGACAUUGUAGCUUUAUUUUCUUGUUUGUUUGUCUAAUGCUAUGGAGUCUAUAGAAAAGUUUUCUAGUUAUGAGUCGAUUUUUUCUUGUGCUAUUCCAACACUUUCUAAUGAACAAGAAGGUGCCAAAUUCUAGUUUCUUA